ACGUUUCAGUUUUGGUUUGAGGCCACCGGAGUAUGAACUCAAUCAAUACUUAGGAUGGAUAAACCUCGAAGCUACCUUUGAUCACUUUUAUUGGGUACAGUCUCACUGUGAGUCACUGAUUGGAGAUUAUAAUAAUAAGAAUUCUAGUUUCAUUUUUUAAACAAAGGCAGCCUUUGCUCUGAGACAGACAGGUGAACAAGCCUCCAGAUUUCCAAGAAGACAGACCUGACAGUGCUGCAGCCAUGGGUGAGUGGGACUUCAUCGGUGGAUUCUUUAAAGACCUCCAGACCGAGUCGCCGAUGCUGGGUCGUUUCUGGCUCUUCCUCAUGCUGGUGUUUAGGAUAGUGAUCCUGGGAACUGUGGCCAGUGACAUGUUUGAGGACGAGCAGGAGGAAUUUACCUGUAACACCCUCCAGCCAGGAUGUAAGCAGGUGUGUUAUGACUCAGCUUUCCCCAUCUCCCAGUACAGAUUCUGGGUGUUUCAUAUAGUCCUCAUCGCUACACCUUCUCUGCUUUACCUCGUGUACGCCACACAUCAGCAUAACAAGAGUGCCAACCCAUCUCCAUCGAAGGAAAGGAGCAGCAGGGAGAACAGAGAAGAAAAAGCUUUAAGGGCGCUCUAUAUUAUCACUCUGAUCUUCCGCAUAGUGGCAGAAAUCGGCUUCUUAUUUGUCCAGUGGUAUCUCUACGGCUUCGAGGUGGAGGCCCAUUUCCCAUGUGACCGAUUUCCCUGCCCCCACACUGUGGACUGCUUCACCUCCCGACCUGCAGAAAAAACAGUCUUCCUCCUCUUCUACUUUGCUGUAGGGGUGAUAUCAGCAUUUUCCAGCGUUGUGGAGCUUUUCUACAGCUCUGCGAAGUGGUUUUGCUCAAAACAGAAGAAAUUGGAACAAUAUGACCAAUGUGACUGCGAGAACCUCCACAACCUCAAGAAAGAGGAGACAGAGGAGAAAGCAGCAGUACAGAUGAUGUCAGAAAGCACGGCCAGCAGUGCGAGAGCAAAGGAGGGAUCAGUGAGAAGCAGCUACAGUCGAAAGGUCUACAGCAGUGGUCACAAGUGCAAAAGCCCACCAGGAAAAUAUGUGAGCGCCUCGAGGCUUACAUUGUGAGAGGACUGACUGCAAUCACACUAUGUGUGAUUCAGAUUCUUUUCUAUUUUAAACCUGUGACUACAUCUCUAACUCCAUUUCAUUUGAAAUGAUUUCACUGUUGAUGUGUUAAACAGUAUUUACAGUGGGACACUUCACAAGGAUUGUUUGGAAAAUGAGCAUAGAAAACACUGAUGAUAAGAAGGAUGCAUGCAAGACAUUGUUGUUUCUGGUAAAUGAUUAAAGGCUGCAAACAGUU